CUGUGAUAAACGCACUAUUAACUGCAGUAUAUUAUGCAAAUUGCCUGGUUCUAUUCCAGAAAAUUGUGCCUUACAAGAUACCUGUACUAUUUCUACUUCCAUAGUAUCUAGUGACAGUGCUUCAUGCGUAUUUAAAAAUGUCACUGGUCAAUCUAAUUGUGUUUCAGGAAUCGUAGCUAGUAAUUGUAAUUAUAUUUCUUGUUCUGAAGAUCUCAAUUGUGGCCUUAAUGAUUGUGAAUGUUCUGGUGAGCCGUAUGGAACUAUAACUUGUACUUAUAAAUAA